AUGGCUUCGCCCAGUCCCCAGACGAGUCUGAGCCCGACUCCAUCCAGCUCUCAAGCUACACCAUCUAGCUCACGCCCUUCACUGAGUGCACCCAGCCUUCAUGCUCGUAGCCGCUCCGCUUCUCCGUCGAGUUCCGACCGACUAUUCACCCCAUUCAAGGAGAUGAUAUCUGGCGGCGAAGGGUCACGUUCUUUGGGAGUGGCAUCGGCUGGGUUAGGAGCGUUGAGGGAUGUGUUAGAGGCAGUUGAUACGCUCCCAUUCGUGAAAUAUCUCGCGUCUGUGGGAGUGCAACUCUUACAAUAUGUUAUCGAGAUGCAAAUCACGAACGACAUGUUCAAGAACCUUGCAAUGCGCGCGAAGGACGUGAUCGUAGCCGUAGCGCGCUCUUGUGACGGCCUACAAUCCCUGGCCUUUCAACUAGAGAGUGACCUUCGUCAACUCACCAGUACUAUGGACUCUAUUCUUGCCUUCGCUGCUGAGAAAGCAUCGCGAGGUACCUUGCGAAAACUAUGGAACAAGUCUGAAGACGUCGCAAUGGUCAAGGCACUCGACAUACAACUGACACAUUCAUUCAACAUCUUCCAGAUUCAGUCGGAUGUUGUUACUCGCAGGCAACAAGAAUUAAUGAUAACGCAGCUCGCAAACUUGACUGCGUCACCACCGCUGAGUCCUCCGCGAACGGAACCAGGUCGGGACGUGGAUCGCCCCUCAAGCAUCAAGGAAGGCAUCUAUCUCAUUCGGAACGUUGCUAGUAAGAAAGUCCUGGAGAUCGAGGACUUCAAGCCUUUCGGCCACGUCCUCGCAGUCCACGCGUUUAUGGUUCCUUACUCCGAGAGCCCAUCACAGGCUCAGCUGUGGUUGAUACAGAAGAGCGCCAACAAGGAUCUCGAGUUCACCAUUCAUAGCCUUGCCACGGGUUAUGCUCUCAACAUUGUCUAUAACUCGGAUCGGGAAGGCGCUAAGGUCGGAGGGUAUCCCUGGGAGCCUGGUCAGGGUAAUGGGAUAUGGUCUUUCUGGGGAGCUGGACUGGGGGAGUCGAGCGACUACUGUACCAUACGGAGUACGGGAUUGCCAACAGUUCUCGACGGCGUAUGCCCGAGAACCACAAAUGCGCAAUGCAACGACCUGCAUGCCACCCGCAUUGCAGAUGCAGGAUCCAGUGUCUCGCAACAAUGGCGACUCAUACCUGUUUCUUUCUCGCCGAGCCCGAGUUCCUCCCUGCAUGCGACACCAAAUACGGUCUCUCCGUUCCCUCGGCGCCAGUUGAUGUUGCAAAACGUACAAACAGGGUUGUUUGCAACUCGGACUGAGACUCUCGAGGGACCUAAUGUCGUCUUAUCGACAUCGUCGCCUACCAAUAGCACUUGGUCCUUCCUAUACAUCGACACCAUUCGUCGUGAUCGUUUUGCUAUUCUCAGUUGCGUAGCCCGUCCGUUCACUGUUGAUCACUGGGGCGGACAAUACAUCAAUCUAGCGAGAUAUCGGCCAGAGAAUCCCUACCACAAGUGGAUAGCAAUUCCUCGCGAUGGCGCUUUCCUUCUCAAGAACAACAUUACCGACGCACUCCUAGCAGCGCGCUCAGGUGUUGUUGACACACUCUCGCUUAGUGCGCGCGACAAUCCAGCCUGUCACUGGCGGCUCAUAGAUGCGACGACGAACGAGCACAUUCGUAUAUUGUACGACUCUGCGCUGUCCAUAGUUCCACCCGAACUUGCAGGCCCUUCCAGAGCGCCCUCACAGCAUCUACCAGUGUCGACAUCGCCCACUCUACGAACUGGGGAUGCAUCGCCGGAGCUAGGACGUGCCCUCCUGAACAACUUCAAGCGGGAGCAUGCAACCAUCCGCACCAUGUUAGAGGAAGGGUAUCAGGGAAUUGUCUACGCGCCUCGGGUCAUAUCUGGCUGGAGGAAAGGGGAGGUAAGGUCAGUGAGGAUCGAGGACGACGAUUCUGAGUUCAAGUGGUCGUCGAAGAAGUUUGAGCCGUGCUCAUGA